AUGUCCCCAUAUGCUCUGGUCUUCGGAAAAGCUUGUCAUCCGCCUCUCAAGUUGGAACACAAGGCAAUGUGGGCAAGCAAAAUGCUAAACUUUGAUCGAGCAAGCGCGAGGAAAGUCCGGAAGCUGCAGCUGAAUGAACUGGUCGAGUGGCAAAUGAACGCUUACCAAAAUGCUAAGCUCUAUAAGGAGAGAACCAGAAAGUGGCAUGAUGACCGCAUAAGCAAUCGGACAUUCUUCGAGGGGAAGUUGAAGUCCCGCUGGUCUAGGCCAUUCUGCAUCAAGACUAUCUUUCCCCGUGGCGUAGUGGAGCUAACAACGGAAGAUGGGAACAACGCAUUUAAAGUCAAUGGUCAACGAAUUAGGCCCUACUAUGGGGGUGAUGUGGAAUGA